AUGGCAAGCAUCUACAACAUCCUAGUCAACCUAGGCAACGCCCUCUUCGCCCUCUACCAAUACUUCUACAAAACUAUUUUCAACGCUCUCUUCAAGAAAAGCCCCAGAACAAUCAACAUGGCGCAGCAGAGCACUGAAGCUACCCUCUAUCAACCUUCCGUGGAGGAUGUGCUGCAAGUCAAACAAUCUCUAUUCAAAGAGCUUCGUCUCCCCAUAGAACUCGUCGAGGUCGUGAUUGACUUGGCCGAAUACUGGCCCCAUACUACAAGCGUUACGACCAAUGAUGCUGACCAUCCGAUUUCCGUGCGGUCGGGUGCCGAGUUUGAAAAUCGAUUCCUAUUGAGAACAUUUCCCUUGGGUUAUGUACCCAACGGUGACAACCCCACCACCCUCACCGGCAUCGGAACACAUUCUGAUGACCAUAUCACACUCGAUAAAGCUGUGAAAUCCUCCAAUACCCCCAAACCAUGGCCUCCGUCCCGCGAUGUCCAAGAUGAUGCCACGAAAGAGUUACUGGAGCGAUGGACUGCUGUUUCUAUGUCGCGAGGGACCCCGUGUCGGAAAAUUGUUUUUACGCUGAAGAGUCAUGAUCAGGGGUGGGGAGGAAACCCUGCAGAUAAAGGGACAUAUAGAGGGUCAUAUUCUUGGUUUGAUGUUGGAUUGGAGAGGAUAUCCGCAUCGCGAGCAGGUAAGAAUGCACCUUUGGUAUAUUUAAACACGAAGCACCAGAAAGGACCGAAGAAUCCGUACCCCUUCCUGAAUUCCCCCCCCCUUACCGACACAGAAUCGCAAGAAAAGAUAAUCAAAGCUACAAACCCAGUCAUCUGUUCCCUCCGCACAAUCCUCCCGCGCACAGUUCCCAAAGGCCCCUCUUCAGAAGAUUAUCAAUUCGAACAUGCCCUGUUACCCCAACCAAACUGUUUACAAAGGAAUCUCACUGCCGAGGGGAAGACACAUGAACAUGUCGUGACCUGGUCUUGCGAUGACAAUAUCCUACCUGAAUCCGUCGAUGGGACCGAGUUGGAGAAACAAGGAAGGGGGAGGGAGACUGCAACAGGGCAGUUUGUGAAGGACAUGAAGGUUGGGGAUGUGGUCACUAUUUGGGCGAAGGCGAGGUUCCCUGGGUGGGUAAAUAUUGUUGAGCAGGUCAAGGUGGAAGUUUAUUGGGCUGCUUAG